AUGCCUUUUAAGCUGAAAGCCAUAUCCAAUUUCGAUGUGACGAAAGAUGAACGCGAUGGAAAAGUUCGUGAUGUAUGUGAUCAUGCUGUUUGGAGUCUUUCUUCAUGCAAACCAGGUCAUGGUAUCGACCAAUUGUUGAGUGAAUCUACUGAUACAUUUUGGCAAUCAGAUGGUCCACAACCACAUUGUGUUAAUAUACAAUUUCCCCGAAAAAUGGUUCUUUCAAAAUUAUGUUUAUACACUGAUUACAAAGUUGAUGAAAGUUAUACACCUAGUAGGUUGGCCAUACGAGUUGGGAAUACUAUACACGAUCUUAUCGAACUUCUAGAGGUGGAACUACAGGAACCUACUGGGUGGUCAGUGAUUCCACUAAACUGGCCUGAUGGAUCUCCGUUACGAACCUUUCUUUUACAGAUUGCCAUUUCAGCUAACCAUCAAAAUGGUCGUGACACACAUCUGCGUGCCAUCCGACUUCAUAGUCCUGUGGAAUGUCGUGGAUUAGACACCUUAGCGCCUUUUGUCAGUCGCGAAGGUCGUGCUUUCAUGACUAUUCGAUAUGGACAAAUAUCCAUCAACACUUUCACGCCGAAAUUAUCUUAUGGAAAGUCAAGAGAAAUUUAA